AUGUAUUCAUUUCUGGCCGCAGUUUUCACCGCGGCAUGUGUCUUUCGAACGGUCUCUGCGCAGAGCCCUCCAGGCUUCACGCCUUCCACUUUAAAGCACCUGACAGUCACCUAUGGAACCAUUGCGGUCAACCCUGCUGGAAUCACGAUUCCCGGAGAUGAUGUAGCAGUCGCUCCGAGCCUUGGGUUAGCUGGGCCAUCUACCACUUACGUGGCCAUCAUGAUGGACUUCAGUGUCGAGGCCACCCCGGAGUCGAAUACCACCCUAUUGCACUGGAUCCUCGCUGGUCUUUCCUCUCCUGACGGAACCACUACCUUGACAUCUCACCAGGGCGUGAUCGCAGCCUAUUUUCCCCCGGGUCCUCCAGCUGGCCAGACGCAUACCUACGGUGUCUUUCUCUACAACGAGCCUCGAAAUUUCGCCGUUCCAGCGGAUUAUGUCCCUUUCUUCAACAACUUGACAGCUUCAGUCUACAACCGUGUCGGCUUCAAUCUUACAAAGUUCGUGGCAGAGACAGGCUUGGGGGCCCCCGUCGCAGCUGAUUGGUUUCUGGUGACGACACCAAACACAACAGCAACUUCGAGCGUGGCGACCACGUCAGCUUCAAACACUGCUAUGUCGGCGACAGCGACGACAAGUGUGAUUGCAACAAACUCUGGUCCAAGCGCUGCAUCCUCUUUGCCGACAACUUCGAGCAUUCCGACUACACAAAGCAGUUCAGGCGCAAUGGUGAUACAAAUUCAAUCAGUGCCGUUGGUUAUCGUUGCGUUGGGUUUCAUAGCGAGCUUGUUUUAG